UGUGUUUAUUUUAUUUUUUUUUGGUACGUGAAAUUCAUCUUGUGCUUUAUCUAAGAUAAGUAUUUAAAAAUUAUAAAAGUCUUAAUAUAAUUAAUGAAAAUUUAACAAAGAAGUUUUGAUAUUGAUAUAAUGGUGAAAUAACAUGUAUUUCCCAGUGGGUUGGCCGAAAGUUAUAAAAACACCUGAACUGGGUGAUUCUACAAUAAAACACAUAACUUCUAAUAGAGAUAGAAUAUUAUUUGCUAUUAUAACUGAUGAUUGCUUAGGAAUAUGGUUUUGUAGGCCUUGCGUACCAAUAGUUUUCCAUCGACGUUCCCGAAUAUCCAUAGAGAAAUUCGGAACGAAUGUUCUAACAGAAUGGAAACCAGAUUCAAGUAUGAUAGUUAUAGCUACUUCAGAGGGUCAUUUACUGUUUUACAACAUAGAAGUCCCCCCGGAUCGAAAAGGUCUCUACAACCAAACCGAUUCACCCCUUGCGAAUCUUCGUAGAGAAAGCGCCGAAUUAUUCAUAAAAGAAACAAUUCCGCCCCUAAAAUUAACCCUAAUCAAGGAAAUUACAGUAUGGGACGGUCGAAUAACAGGAGUGGUAUGUAUUACCAUGACGGAAAUAAUGUUAUCCACCACAAACAACCAUGUAUUGAGGUACAAAUGGGAUGGUAACCAAAAUAGGGAUUACGCUUUGGAUUUACGUCGUAUUCCGUUCUGUAUAAACCAACAAGUGGCUAAAGCAGUUCCUAUAGUAGAAGAAAACGUCCAUAUCAUCGAUAUAGAAUACUCCCCUUUAGUUGGGGGUUUUUCUAUAGUGUUGAAUGAUAAUAGGGCGGCUUUUCUGACUGCUCCUUCAUUAAAAUUCGAUCCAAAUCAAGUACAAGGUAUCUGGGCGCAGGGAAUCGACGACGCUACUUGUACCGUCAUUAAUCACAAGUUCAGGUUGAUUACAUUUGGUCGUUUAAACUCUGAAUGCAUCGUUUAUACUAUAGAUGAGACAACCGGUGGUUUAGAACUAUCCCACGGUUGUGUAUUGAGCAGUAAAGACUACCCUGGUGACCCCGGAGCUGUAGAAGAAGUGUUAUGGACUCCAGACGGUUGUGCUCUAGUAGCUUCCUGGUCAAAAGGCGGUAUAGCCUUAUGGUCGACUUUCGGGGCGUUGUUAAUGUGUUCUUUGGGUUGGGAUUACGGUUUGAACAUCGAUUUGGAGAAAUUUAAUCCUUUGAGGAUAUCCUGUAUGGAAUUCGCCACCGAAGGGUAUCAAUUGUGGAUGAUAAGGGAGAAUACCGCUUCAGAAACUGAUCUAAUCCAAUUGGAUUUCGUUAAAAGUGCCUUGGCUAUUAAUCCGUGUAUGAGCCAUCAAAGUCAUUUGUAUCUACAGGGGGAGGAUAAAUUGUAUAUCAAUUCGGCAAAUACUUUCAUUAGAGUUUUUUCGGGGAAAACGAAAAAAGAAGAUUUUUUUGGGGAAAAUAUAUCGACUACUUUAGCGGAGGGUCGUCAAUGGUUGGUAGUACCGGUACCGUCGAUUUAUUAUUCGACGAAUUGGCCCGUCAGGUAUUCAGCUAUCGAUUCUGAUGGACUGGGUAUUGCUAUAGCUGGUAGGACCGGACUGGCCCAUUAUUCGAUUUUGUCGAGGCGAUGGAAAUUGUUCGGCAACGAGACCCAGGAGAAGGAUUUCAUCGUGGCGGGGGGUCUGUUGUGGUGGAGGGAUUAUAUGGUUAUGGGGUGUUAUAGUAUUUUGGAUAACGGGGAGGAAUUGAGAUUUUAUCCUCGUGAAUCGAAAUUGGAUAAUAAAUUCGCUAAGAUUGUGAGCGUCCCGGCACCGAUUUUGCUCAUAAACAUCCUCUCAGAUCAAUUGAUCACUUUAGGUUCUAAUGCUCAAGUUUGUAUAUGGCAGUUGCAGCUCAACGAUAACGUUGGUGAUGUGGUCGUUACGAAAUCCCAAGUCGUGGAUAUUUCGGCGUUGGCGAUCCAUCCGGCUUGCAUUGCCUCGGUGACCUUGACUUCUUUGAGAACCGAAACGGUCAGAGGUCAUCACAACGUUUCCGAAAGUAUUUUAUUGAACGUUAGCGGUCGUCUCCUAUUGGUACAAAGGGAAUUUAGACACGGCGAAAAAUAUGGUUGUCUGUUACCAACCGUUUUAGCCAGUUGCGUGGAAAACGUUUGGGUACCGAGACGGAGGAGAUUGGAAAAAGCCCAUCUGACCGAAGCCAUGUGGUUAUUCUGUGGUUCGCACGGUAUGCGUGUAUGGUUACCUUUAUAUCCUCGAGAUGGCGAUAAAACCCACACGUUCAUGUCGAAACGCAUCAUGUUGCCGUUCCAUUUGAGAGUCUAUCCGUUAGCCAUUUUGUUCGAAGACGCCAUUAUACUGGGCGUCGAAAACGACACCGUCCUCUAUACUUCAGAUUCCAAUUCUCCUUUUUCUCUACCUCUAUGCGUGUUACAAAGAACUAGCCAAGUUUAUUUACAUCAAAUUCUGAGGCAGUUGAUCAGGAGGAAUUUGGGUUAUCACGCCUGGGAGAUAGCCAGGAGUUGUAUGAGUCUCCCGUACUUCCCCCACUCCUUGGAAUUGUUGUUACACGAGGUAUUGGAAGAGGAGGCGACGAGUAAGGAACCGAUUCCGGACGCUCAAUUACCAAGCGUUCUGGAAUUCAUAAUGGAAUAUCCGGUUUAUUUGCAAACCGUCGUGCAGUGCGCCAGGAAAACGGAAAUCGCCUUAUGGCCUUAUCUGUUUUCCGUUGCGGGAAAACCGAAGGAUUUAUUUCAGGAGUGUUUACUCAAAGGACAACUCGAUACGGCGGCUUCUUAUCUGAUUAUAUUGCAGAAUCUAGAAACGUCGUCCGUAAGCCGACAAUACGCUACUUUAUUAUUAAACACGGCCUUAGACAAAUCAAAAUGGAAAUUAGCCAAAGAUUUGGUCCGAUUUUUACGAGCUAUAGAUCCCAACGACGUCGAAUACGAUUCCCCUCGUACGUCAUUUAUAUUACCGACUAAAUUGGGUAUGCCUCCGUCGACGCCUUCGGUUAGUCCCAACGCCGAGGAUCUCUCUUUAAUAUUGGGUAACGUCCAAGGGCCUCGGGUUCGCAGUUACAGUACGACGAUCUCGCCGAAGCUCGUCGAAAGAUCGAACAGCUCGUCGGGACACGUAAACCCGCCCUUAGAAUCCGAUAGAAAAAAAUCCGUACCGAAUUCGACGGGGAAUACGAAAAAUGAUAAGUGCGCGAAAAGUAGCGCUUCCGAGGAAUUCUUCAUCGACGUGAUUUUGCAAAAACACGCUCGCCGAUUGUUGUCCCAAUGUCGAUUGACGGAUCUGGGUUAUUUCGCCGCCUACCUCGAUUUCCAUCUGGUGAAUUGGUUGGGCAAAGAGAGGGAGAGGGCGGCCAGGGUGGAGGAUUUCGUGAAAACUUUGAAAUUGUUGCACGAAGAUUUCCGUUGGCCUUAUCCGACCGCCAAUUUGCCCAUUACCAAGAAGAGCGUCUCGAGUCCGAUCGCCGACGUCGAAGAACAAUUGAGAUGUUUGAAAAUGGACGCGGCGUUUUGUAGCCGAAUCGGCGACAGCGGUUACACGUCGUUUCAGGGUAUCCCCUACGCGGGGGUCGUUAGCCCUGUGAAUACGUUGGAUCGGCUCAGUCGAAUGGAGGAAACCGAUAUCGAGGAACGGAUUAUCGCCGACGCGGAUAAAAUCGAAGAUGUCGAACAGAAAAAAAUUUGCGACGACGGUUUCAAAUCGACGACGUUGAAUUCGGCGGUCGAAGAAUCCGUCAUGAGUACCGCCAGUUCGGUAUGGGGGGAGGAGAGGGAUUUCGUACUGCCUGGUAUCGAUAACUGGGAAGUUCCGUCCGCUAAAUUAUUGGAACAACUUUCUAAUAACGAUAAAAAAGGUUCUCAAAGGUCGGAAGUACAAUUAAGAUAUUUGCUCCAAUUAUUCAUAGAGGCCAAUUGUUUAGAAUGGUCCCUCGUAUUUUCCAUACUCCUCAGGGACGCCAUGGCGGUAUUACGAAUCGUAAACGCCGCCAAAUCUCACGACCAAUCCGUCGAAACCGUCUCCAGACUUCGACAAGGUCUUUUAAUCAUCAAUUAUUGGACCAAUACCGAAUGCUUGGGUUAUUCGACAUUCAUGUCGGCGAUAUUCAACCAGACGUCGAUUUUAACGAAAAUAUUGGAAACCAAAGUCCAACAACAGAUCAAACAACAACAGACGACGCCGAAACCGACGCGAUCUCGAAAAUCCAGUUCGAAUUUCGACGGAAAUAACCUUCAGACGUCGAUCAAGGAUAAGGGACAUCCUGUACAGAACGACGAUUCGAUCGAACGUCGCGCGAUUGACGACGUAAUCGAAAAUAACGAAACUGCGGAUAAAGAUAACGCCGCGCCUAAUAAUACGGGGUGUAUCGUCUCGUAGAAACGCGAAUUUUUUUUGUGCAUUAACGAGGUUGGUCGCGUAGGUAUUUUGUCAAUUGAAUAUCGAUUUUCGGGUACAUUUGUCGUUCUGAAGUUGAUUUCGGACGGUGCUCGUUCUAUUUUCUGAUACUCUACAAAGUUUUUUUUGGAAAAAAAUUUUCCUGGAUCCGUCUCUGUUGUUGGUGAUUCUAUAUUCGUUCCCCAAGGCCGGUUCUUAUAUGUUUGAUUCCUAUAAAUCACGAAAUUAAUAUUUAUUUUGUGAUUUUUGUUUUUUUUGAGGUUAUAUUUCUCUUAAUUUAUCUAUUUUUCAUCCGUGCCUCGUAAACAUGUAUCAUUCUUUUCUCUCGAACGUCGAUAGUUUUCCUAAUUUCUUCUAUUGUCACUCAAAAAAACAUAAUUUUUAUAUUUUUUUUUCGGCAAAUUCUCCUGAAUCCGUCUCUGUUGUUAUUGAUUCCAUAUUCGUUCUCCAGAACCGGAUUUUAUAUAUUUGAAUGGUAUAAAUCACGUAAUGGAUAUUUCUAAAUAUUUAUUUCGUGAUUUUAAUUUUUUUUGAGGUUAUAUUUCUCUUAAUUUUUCUAUUUUUCGUCCGUCCCUCGUAAAAAUGUAUCAGGUUUGCGUCUCGAACGUCGACAGUUUUUCUCAUUUCUUCCAUUGGUACUCAAAAAAACAUAAUUUUUAUAUUUUUUUUUUUCGGCAAAUUCUCCUGAAUCCGUCUCUGUUGUUAUUGAUUCCAUAUUCGUUCUCCAGAACCGGAUUUUAUAUAUUUGAAUGGUAUAAAUUUAUCUAUUUUUCAUCCGUCCCUCGUAAACAUGUAUCAUUCUUGUCUCUCGAACGUCGAUAGUUUUGUUAAUUUCUUCUAUUGUCACUCAAAAAAACAUAAUUUUUAAAUUUUUUUCGGCAAAUUCUCCUGAAUCCGUCUCUGUUGUUAUUGAUUUCAUAUUCGUUCAGCAGAACCGGAUUUUAUAUAUUUGAAUGGUAUAAAUCACGUAAUGGAUAUUUCUAAAUAUUUAUUUCGUGAUUUUAAUUUUUUUUUAGGUUAUAUUUCUCUAAAUUUUUCUAUUUUUCGUCCGUCCCUCGUAAAAAUGUAUCAGGUGUGCGUCUCGAACGUCGACAGUUUUUCUCAUUUCUUCCAUUGGUACUCAAAAAAACAUAAUUUUUAUAUUUUUUUUUUCGGCAAAUUCUCCUGAAUCCGUCUCUGUUGUUAUUGAUUCCAUAUUCGUUCUCCAGAACCGGAUUUUAUAUAUUUGAAUGGUAUAAAUUUAUCUAUUUUUCAUCCGUCCCUCGUAAACAUGUAUCAUUCUUGUCUCUCGAACGUCGAUAGUUUUGCUAAUUUCUUCUAUUGUCACUCAAAAAAACAUAAUUUUUAAAUUUUUUUCGGCAAAUUCUCCUGAAUCCGUCUCUGUUGUUAUUGAUUUCAUAUUCGUUCAGCAGAACCGGAUUUUAUAUAUUUGAAUGGUAUAAAUCACGUAAUGGAUAUUUCUAAAUAUUUAUUUCGUGAUUUUAAUUUUUUUUUAGGUUAUAUUUCUCUAAAUUUUUCUAUUUUUCGUCCGUCCCUCGUAAAAAUGUAUCAGGUGUGCGUCUCGAACGUCGACAGUUUUUCUCAUUUCUUCCAUUGGUACUCAAAAAAACAUAAUUUUUAUAUUUUUUUUUUCGGCAAAUUCUCCUGAAUCCGUCUCUGUUGUUAUUGAUUCCAUAUUCGUUCUCCAGAACCGGAUUUUAUAUAUUUGAAUGGUAUAAAUCACGUAAUGGAUAUUUCUAAAUAUUUAUUUCGUGAUUUUUUGAGGUUAUAUUUCUCUUAAAUUUUCUAUUUUUCGUCCGCCUCUCGUAAAAAUCUGUGAGUUUUGUGUCUAGGGUACUUUAACAUCGAUAGUUUUACUCAUUUGUUCCACUGGCUUUCAAGCAAACCGAAUUUUUUUCCCGAAUUCUCCUGAAUCCGUCUCUGUUGUUGGUGAUUUCAUAUACAUUCUCCAGGACCGGAUUAUAUGUUUUUAACAUAUUUCAAAUUGCUACAUCGAAAUUUAGCAAUAUAAAAGAACCAAGGAUUUUGAUUUCGUACCUUUUUGGUUACAUGAGCAAUAAAAACUGGGAUAUUGAAUUUUUUUAUGUAUAAAUUUGAAAAAUUCCAAAUUGGCGUAUUUUGAAAAAAAAAAAUUUUAAAUUUCGAGAUCGAAAUUCAGUACGUAUUAUCCCAAAAAAUUAUUUAUAUAUAUAUAUCACGUUUUUGUCUUCAAUUAUCCCACAUUUUUUGAAAUCAUAUUAGGUGUUGAAAUAUAUACAGUAUGUCCCUAUAAAAUUAAAUUGAUACACAACUUUUCUGUUAUCAAUUUUUGGAAAAAAUUUAUUCUUGAUGAAAUGUUUGUAAUAUUCUAAAAUAUGAAAAACAAGUAACAGGUAUUAAAUUUUUUUAGUUGUAUACGAGGUUUCACAAAAAAUAUUAAUGUUACUAUAACUUUUAGUUAUUUUUAAAAAUAUAGAAAAUUUAUGCAUAUUUGAAUAUCAUUAUUAAUACUUUUAAUAACAAUUUUCGAUUGUAUUAAAUAUAAACAUGGUUUACUCUUUAGUAGAAUCGGUAUUUUUUGACAAACCCCGUAUACGACUAAAAAAAUUCAACAGCUGUUGCUUGUUUUCCAUAUUUUAAAAUAUUUUAUUAAGUAUAUUUUUUUUCCUAAAAUUAAUAACAAAAAACUUGUGAAUUAAACGUAUAUACAGUAUGUCCCUAUAUGGAAACGUUUAACACUUUUUUAUUAUCAGUUUUUAGAAAAAAAGUUAUUCCUGAUAAAAUGUAGGCCACACUCUAAAAUCUACAUUACGAUCAAUAAAUAUCAAGUUUCUUCAGUCGUAUACGAGGUUUAUUUAAAAAUAUAAAAUUCGUUUUAAUUUAACAAAAUUGGAAAUUUUUUGCAAAAAAGUCUAUAAAAGCUUAAAAAGACGUUCUUAUGAACAAUAAAUAAAUUUACAUUGUUUACAAUGACACGCAAUCAAUAUAAAUAGAUAUAAUUACUUAUUUUUUGAUGAACCUCGUAUACAAAUUGAAAAAAUUGUUAGUUGAUGAUUAUUUACGUAUUUUUAGAAUGUCGCCCACAUUUUAUCAAGAAUAACUUUCUUUUCUAAACUUCAAAAAGUUGCUAAUCAUCAAAUUUAGAAGGACAUACUGUAUAUAUACGUAAUGUUAACAAUUUUUAUACCGUUUGUUGAUUAAUAUUUAUCAAAUACUCUUCAAUGUUUGUAUAUAUUUUAUUUAUUUAUAUGUUCUAUAAAAAAUUGGAAUAAAAAAUCG